CUCUCUCUCUCUCUCUCUCUCUCUCUUUCCUCCCCUUUCCAAUCUUUACAAAUCCCAAAGGUGAGUAUGAGUUACAUAAUUGUAAAUGUGAAGUAAUUUCCUAGAUCGGAAGAUUACACGAUUUGGAUACGAUCAGUGGCUUUCUAGCAGAUAGAUUAAUAUAAAUGCAUUGUGCAAGCAUACUAUACAAUUAUCUCCAGUGCCAUUAUAUAUCCCAUAUUCUUGAAGAGUCUCGUUCACACUAAAACAUCGAGUUGAGAAUAUGAGUGAAUGAGGAUAUCAUAAAAUCGGUGAAAAUAAGUGUAUCUUUGUCAAAAAAAAAAAGAAAAAAGAUAAUAAGGUUAUAAAAAUUUCAGUGAAAAACGUUUGAAGUGUUGAUGUCAACGAAAUUAUUUUAUCAUACAUUACCUAUGCAAUUUUACAUUUUAUUUAAUUUACGUUAUCAACAAUGACAAAUCUUGUCGAUUAAUGUAAUUGCAAUUACAACAAAAAUUCAUUUAUGUCCGAUUAAUCUCGCAAAAAAGUAAUUUAAAAAUGGCCAGUGUGCGCAUGCGCGGUUAUAGAAUUAAAGGCAGGAAUAAUUCUUGAAGGACUGUAUUGGCGAUUAGGAUUAGUUGAUAUAUUUUGUAUUUCUACGAAGAAUUUGUAAUUGUAUAUAAUAAUGAUUUACUAUUAUGACAGUGUGGAAUUGUGUAAUUAAAAAUGAGAUUAUUUUACUUUAGAAAGGCAUGCUAUUUUUAUUAAUUAAUUGAUUAUGUAAAUAUAGAAUGAAAGUGAAAAAAAAAGUUAUAUAUGUUCAUAUUAUUAUAAACUUUAACUGAUGAUUUUUCGCAAAAUUAUGUCAUCCCUUGCGUUGAAUAAACUUAAAAAGAGGACAGUAUCAGAUGUGAUUAAAAAGCCUAAAAGAAAAGUUGAUAGAUUCGAUGGACUUACUGUGGAAGAAGUUCAAAAGUAUACUCUACCUGACUAUCUCAAGGAAAAUCUUGAUAUGGUCUUUAUCGGUAUAAAUCCAAGUUUGAUGGCAGCCCAUCGUGGCAAAUAUUAUGCAGGUCCUGGUAAUCAUUUUUACAAGCUUUUAUAUGGAUCAGCCUUAAUUCCAAAAUGUAUCAGUUUUGAGGAAGAUCACAAGUUAUUACAAUAUGGAAUUGGAUUAACAAAUAUAGUCACAAGACCUACUAGAUCUUCUGCGGAUCUAAAACGAACAGAAAUCAAAGAAGGCGCUAAGAUUGUUGAAGAGAAAUUGAGGGUAUUUAAACCAAAAAUUGCUAUUUUUAAUGGAAAGUGUAUUUAUGAAGUAUAUUCUAAUAAAAAUAGUAAAUCACCAUUUCAUUUUGGAUUGCAAUCAGAACUCAUAGGGGAUACUGCUGUUUGGGUUGUACCUUCUAGCAGUGCUCGUUGUGCUAAUUUUCCUCGAAUGAUAGACAAAUUACAUUUUUAUUCUGCAUUAAAGAAAUAUUUGAAAUUUUUAAAGGGUGAAAUCAAAGAGAUUGAUGUAAGUGAAUUUUUCUUUGAAAGAAAAUGCAAACAAUUUAUACCAAGUACCUCUAAAAUGUGGAGACGUAAAAAUAUAUCAGCUUUCUUGCAUGGUGGCAGAAUAGCCAAUAAAGAUACUAUUUAUUUAGAUACUUCAGAUGAAAAUAUAGCAAUUGCCUGCAGCACGGAAUUUAUUGUUAAAGAAUUAGAGCAGAAGAAAUAUAAUGAUGACAAAAAUGAAGAGGAAGAGCAAUUGAAAAUACAUGACUGCUCUUUGAGAGAAAAUUUCAAAUCAACAAUUAAUGAAACAUUUAAUGAAAAUGUUGAAGAUAAAUUACAGAAGAAUACUGAACCUAAAUCUGCAAAUGUAAACAAUGAAAUUAAAUGUAACAAAAAACCUAAAAAAAAUAAAAGACCUUCUCCUAAAAAUGUUCAUGUAAAAAGAUUAUCUAAAACAAAUGAUUCGUUGGAUUUUGUUAAAUUAAUAAAACAAAGACUUUUAGAAAAAGCAAAUGAUGUUAAAGCUAUAAAAAAAAAUUAGAGAUUCUCAAAAAUGAAAACUGUAAACUAAUAAAUAUUCGUACGCUUUA